UUAACUUUGUUUAUAGUCUGAAGCAUCCAAGGCUGUACCACAGCAAACAAGUGACAAACAGCUUGUUUGAAGAGGGCACUUGACCUCAUAAGAGACCUAACCAGGUUACAGUUAUCGAGGCGAGAGGCACGCCAGGGGUAUAUAUAGCAGAGCAGAGCACAGUGGCAGCACGAUCACAGCGACAUGGAGGAUCUAACCCUACUGCUAUUCCUGCUCCUAGCGGCCGGCGCAAGCGGCCACGGCAUGGUGAUGGAGCCUGUCAACCGGGCGUCCAUGUGGCGACUGGGCUUCCACACGCCAAAGGACUAUGACGACGACGGGCACUUCUGCGGUGGCAUCAGCGUCCAGUGGGAGCAGAACGGCGGCAAGUGUGGGGAGUGCGGGGAUGACUACGCCCUCCCUCGCCCGCGUCCCAGCGAGAACACCGGCAAAUACGGGCGGGGGAUCAGCGUAAAGACCUACAAGAGCGGGCAGGCGUUCACGGCAGCCGUGGAUCUCACCGCGAACCACAAGGGCUACUUCCAGUUCGACCUGUGCCCCCUGCGCUCUGCCGACGAGCUGGAGACGGACGAGUGCUUCUCGCGGUACCCCCUGUCCCAGGCCGAGGGCAGCACCCAGUACCGCGUGCCCUCCACCAAGCCCGGCUACUACAAUGUCAGCCUGGUGCUGCCGGCCGGACUGCGCUGCGAGCGUUGCGUCUUCCGCUGGACCUACGUCGCAGGCAACAACUGGGGAAUAUGCAGUGAUGGGAGUGGGGCGGAUGGCUGUGGACCACAAGAGAACUUCAGAACAUGUUCAGACAUCACCAUCGCGUGACAACUCACACAUCACCCCAAACAUUAUUUAAACUUCAGCUCUAUAUAGCAUCUUCCUAAAUUAUUUAUUUAUGUUUUCAAUUAUGUAAUUUUUCAAAUUUUUUCAAUAAAAAUGUUUUGAGAAAUGUGUGUUGGUUUGUCUCUCACUGUCAGGUUAGUAAAGAUAAAAUUCCUGCGACGUCAUCAGCACUUGCAGCACUGCCUGGCUGCCG